UGGGUCAACUAUGGCCUAUUUGAGAUUGAAGUUGAUUGUGUGAAGAUGAAGUUGAUUGUAGGAUGUAUUUUCUUCCAUGUUUUCCUUAUUAUAGCACUAUUAGUAUCUCAUCAAAUCAAUGGAAGAAAUACAAAUUAUGUAACCAACAAUUACACUUCCUUGUUCAUUUUUGGUGAUUCUUUCUUAGAUGCUGGCAAUAACAAUUACAUAAACACUACAAGCUUUGACCAAGCAAAUUUCUUGCCUUAUGGUGAAACCUACUUCAAGUUCCCAACGGGUAGAUUCUCUGAUGGCCGUUUGGUUUCUGAUUUCAUUGCUGAAUACGCAAAUAUGCCAUUGGUACCACCAUUUCUACAACCUGGCUACAACCAAUACUACAAAGGAGUUAAUUUUGCUUCUGGGGGUGCAGGUGCACUUGUUGAAACUUUCCAAGGGUCGGUAAUACCUUUCAAAACACAAGCAAGAAACUUCAAGAAAGUAACAGUUUGGUUGAGGCACAAGUUAGGCAGCUCCAAUUCACAAAAAUUGUUAUCAAAUGCUGUCUACAUGUUUAGCAUCGGAUCUAAUGAUUAUCUUAGUCCAUUCUUGACAAAUUCUGAUGUUCUAAACUCUUAUUCUCAUUCUCAAUAUGUUGCCAUGGUUGUUGGUAACUUUACUUCCAUUAUUAAGGAAAUACAUAAGAGAGGGGCUAGAAAAUUUGCAUUCUUGAACUUACCACCCUUAGGAUGUCUUCCAGGAACCAGAAUAAUUCAAUCACAAGGGAAAGGUAGGUGCUUAGAGGAUCUUUCAUCACUAGCAAGUUUGCAUAAUCAAGCUCUCUAUGAGGUUCUCAUUCAAUUGGAAAAGCAAUUAAGGGGCUUUAAUUUUUCUCUUUAUGAUUUCAACUCUGAUCUCACUCAAAUGAUCAACCAUCCCCUAAAAUAUGGAUUGAAGAAAGGAAAAUCAGCAUGUUGUGGAAGUGGACCAUUUAGAGGAAAAUAUAGCUGUGGUGGAAAAAGAGGAGAGAAAUACUUUGAAUUAUGUGACAAACCCAAUCAAUAUUUGUUUUGGGAUUCUUACCAUCUUACAGAAAGUGCUUACAAACAAUUGGCAACUCGAAUGUGGAGUUAUACCAAAAACUCUCAUACUAUUGGGCCUUACACUAUUCGUGAUUUCUUCUAAACCCUUUGAUAAUUUGCUUCAUGAUUUACUAUCCUCUCUUUUUUACAACAUAAACAAUAAAUGUAAAAACUUAAUCACUAUUAUAAACAUGUAACUAGGGCUUAAGAUUUUUUUAGAUAAUAAAUAGAUGAUUAGGUGGUCCCUAAAAGAAUAAAACCAAUAAAUGAUAAUUUAGAGCUUCAAUUAUUUGUUGUGGAACUCUUUGCGGCAAAUAUUUGAAUCAUAUCAUAUGUUUCUAAUUGAUUUUGGUUGCAGCA